AUGGAGGUGUCGGGCGGGGCAGACAGGACCGAAGAGGAGGAGCGGAUGGAGGGCAUGGACAAGGAGCUCAUCCGGCGCCUCUCCACCCGCGACUUUGCCAAAGGGCAGCGCCUCGCCAAGGAACGCCGCUGGGAGGCCAUACAGAUCAAGACGUUCAAAGCGUGGAUCAACUGUCAGCUGGCCCCGCGUGGCAUCAACGUGAGGGACCUCGACGCCGAUCUCAAGUCGGGGGUGGUGCUAGUGAACCUGCUGGAAGUACUCACCGGGCACAAGGUGGCCCGUAGGGACCGGGACUUCAAGCACGACCUCGUGCGCGAGAUCGAAGUCCCCUUUUCGCUCGCCAACCUGCGAGUCGCGCUGGACUUCAUCGAGCAAAACAUCGGCCUGCGCCUGGUGAACUGCUCCGCCGAGGAGAUCGUAAAGGGCAACAUCAAGAUCAUCCUGGCGGUGCUGUGGGUGCUCAUUCGUAAGUUCCACAUCGUCGACCCGGCCCUCCGCAACGCCACCGCCACGGUGAGCGAUUCCUCCGAGUUGCAGGGCGCGGCGGAGAAGCACCUGCUGGCGUGGGUGCGCGAGAAGACGUGCGGACUCGUGGAGGUCACCAACUUCACGAGCAGUUUCCAGAACGGGCUGGCCUUCUGUGCGCUGUUGCAUCACUACCGGCCGGACCUAAUCGACUUUGACCAACUGCCCGACGACCCCAAGGCCAACCUGGAGCUGGCCUUCGACGUCGCCGAGACCCACUGCGGGGUCGCCCGUUUGCUGGACGCGGAUGACGUCAUCGCGUACCCGGAGGACCUGUGCAUCCUCAUCUACGUCUCCUCGCUCUACCAAGAACUCGAAAAGGACAAUGAAAAGAGGAAGAUACUGCCACGCAUCUCAGCUGCCUUUAAGAACCCUUUGAAGGCACUGGUGAAGGAUUCGAACAAGAAAGCGGUGGAGCCGGUGAAAAAGCUGAGCCUCUCGAACAGCAACCUGAUCAGCAGCGCUGGCGGAAGCGCCGGCGGGGGCAGCUCCGGCGCUGCCGCGUCGCCGCGCGGCGAUAUGAUCAGCACCAGCGCCGGGAGCGUCACCCUGCCCAAGCGCAAGUCGAGCAAGAGCUUCUUCUUCAUGGGCGGCCGCGACCGCGACAGCUCGGGCGACGAAAAGGAAUGCAGCGGAAACGAGGCCGGAAAGGAGCGGUCGGACAGCGCCGAGAAGAAGCAGGACCGCACUCGGGUGUCGUUCUCACCGCGCAACAGCGGCGAGAUCAGUCGCAUCGACCGACGCGACAGCGGCAACUACGGCGGCAGCGGCGGCGGCGGCGGCUCGUCGACGACAACUACAGCGACGGCAGAGGCGCCGACCAAGAGCGGCGGCGGCAGCGGCGAAAGCGGUGACCAAAAGCCGGCCAAGGGGCGCAUGUGGGCGCACUGGCGCUCGCGCGACGAGCCCCACCAGCCGCAGAGCCAAGCGCAGGGCAGCAACAGCAGCGGCGACGACGAUCGGGACAUUAUGUUCGCACGGGUGGGUGACGGUCGAUGGAAGGCGGCCGAGCGCCUGUUCGGCCCCAGCAAGCGCUUCGGGUGGGGCCUAGGCUUGGGGCUGGGCCUGAAUCUGGGCGGCGGCAGUGGAAGCAUCAGCGGCGAUCUGGGCCUGCGGCGGUCCAAGAGCGGUACCUUCGAGAGCCGCCAGCGCGAGAAGGAGCGCGAACGCGAACGCGAGAGAGAGCGCGAACGGGAGAAGGAACGCGACAGGGAGCGCGAGCGCGAGAAGAAGGCGAUGGUCAUGGUGACCACAGCUGCGGACGCCGCGGCGGCGGCAGCCACGUCAGCAACCAACAACUCAGCUUCGAGCGGUGAAAAGAAUGACAACAAUGCGAGCAAUACGGGCGGUGAAGUCAGCGGCGGCAUCAACAGCGACGGGCGAGGCCACAUACUGCGGCGGGUGUCGCUCACGAACCUGCGCAAGCGGCGCAGCGCGAGCCUGGUGGAGCGCUCCGAGCGCGAGCGCGUCGACCGCGAGACCAAGAUGGCCGCCAUGGCCCUCUAUACCGCCGCCGCGCAAAGCUCUCCACACGAGGCCGUGGCCGAGCCCAGCUGGGCGCCGUGGAGCCCAGCGCGCCCGGCCUGCCCUAGCCGCUCGACCGACGUGCUCCUCUCUCCUCGCGGGCGGGCGCAGCCGCCAACUGCAGCGCCGGCGGAGCACGACGACGGCGCCAACAGCAGCUCAUCUCCGCCGCCGGAAGAGGAGAACUCGAGCAUCUACGACGCCUUCGAAGCGCUGGAGAAGGCCUACGCUACCAUUUCACACCAAGACAAAUUCCUGAGCGAGGCGUUGAUGAUGAAGUUGGAGGAGACGCGGCGGCUGCUCUCCUCCACGCCCGGGUCGGCUCGUUCACGCUCGCGCUCGCGAUCGCGCCCGCACCAGGCGGCGAUCGACCCUACGCUCGACUCGGCCAACCGCCACCGCGGGGCCAGCGACCCCGAGGCCGUCGAUCGCGCCCGCGUCGGCCCGACACGGCAGCAGCAGCCGGUCCACCCCGUCGUCUACACCGACGACGACGACGAACCAGUGUCGAGUGCUGACGUCAGCGUGGGAAGCGACAGUGCUGCUGACGUCAGCACUGCACGAGACAGGAAGGACUCAGCCGGGACCCAGGCCCUGUCGCUCCACCAAUCGCAGCCGGACUUGGUUCUGCCUCGUUCGGCGGGCGCAGUGCAGGCGGCCCCGGUCCAGGCGGUGGUCUACGCGCCGCACGCGUCGGUGGGCCUGCUCGGUGCGAGCGUGGAGGGGGAGGAGGAGGUCGACUUCACCUGCCUCGGGGCGCGGGUGCGCGGAGAGCUCACCGAACGCGGCGCCGAGCAGCUCAAGCUGGAGCUCGACGCUUUCCGUAGCAACAGUGGCUGGUACGGGACGACUUCGAAGCAGGCGGUGAAGGGGGCCACGGGCAAGCGCCGGCGACGCCAGCGCGAACUGGCGGUGAUCGUGACGGGCGAACUGGGCGAGAAGUCUCUGGCCUCGCUAGCCCUGGUCGGCGAGCUGGAGGAGUUGGUGGCGGCGGUGCCCGAGGUGACGGAUCUCAAGCUGGAGCGGUGCCCGCAGCUGACCAACCUCGCCCCGCUGACUGCCCUCCAGCAGCUCGUCUGUCUCAGCCUCGACGACCUGCCCUCCGUGACCGACCUUCAGCUGCUUUCCUCUCUCCGAUCGUUGGAAAAGCUGAGCAUCAGGACCUGCUGCCUGUCGUCGCCGCCGUCGGCUUUCGCGCCGACAUUCGCGCCUCACGUCGCGCCCUUCUCGCUGACGCUCCUCACGCCGCUUCACGGCCUCCGCGCGCUGCGGCUGACCCUCCGGCGCUCCACCGUCCGUUCGCUUGACGGCCUUCGGCGGUGCAAGCGGCUGCGCGUGCUCGACCUCCACUCCAACCCGCUCGUCAGCGUCGCCGCCCUCUCCACUCUCACCGCCCUCGAGCGCCUCUGUCUCGCCGGGACGUGGUGCGAGGACUACUCGCAGCUGCGGCAGCUGCGGAGCCUGGUGGAGCUCAACCUGGACCUGUCGGCCUUCGCGCAGCUGGAGGUCAUCGAGUCGCUCCCGCACCUGCGCACGCUCAGCCUCGCACGCUGCCCCAUCGCUCGGGCCAAGUGGGCCUACCUCGCGCUGGCCCGCAACCUGCGCGAGCUCAAUGUGGCCCACACCUCCUUCACCGACUGCACUGUCCUCUCCGGGCCUGACCCCCACGGCCUCGCACCAGUGCCGAGCAGUGAUGACGUCAGCACCAUCAACAGCGGUCGACCGCUGGCCAACGAUGGCGACGAGGAGGAGCAGAGAGCACCAGCGACGACAACGCGGAUCGUCGUGACCGAACCCUACGACCACAACAAUGAUGAAGGCGACGACAACGACAAUGAUGACGGUACGCGAGCCGUGGCGACGACGAGCCAACAACGGGAGGCGCUCACGGGGCUGGAGCGGCUGGACCUCGACGGCUGCCACCUGGAGGAGUUGGUGGCGGCGGUGCCCGAGGUGACGGAUCUCAAGCUGGAGCGGUGCCCGCAGCUGGCCAACCUCGCCCCGCUGACCGCCCUCCAGCAGCUCGUCUGCCUCAGCCUCGACGACCUGCCCUCCGUGACCGACCUUCAGAUGAUCUCCUCUCUCCGGUGCGGUCGCAUCGUUGGAGGAGCUGAGCAUCAGGACCUGCUGCCUGUCGUCGCCGCCAUCGGCUUUCGCGCCGACAUUCGCGCCUCACGUCGCGCCCUUCUCGCUGACGCUCCUCACGCCGCUUCACGGCCUCCGCGCGCUGCGGCUGACGUCGGCCGACCUUGA